GCGCUCCAAGCGUGGGCACACUGAGUUUAAUAACAAAAAAAAAAACAAAUUAUUAGCAAAAUGGUUAGCAGAAACAUAGAAAGCACGAGUAAAGUGCCGACGUUCCAUGUCAUCCGUGAGGUCUACGACAGCUCCAAUGCCCACGAACGGUUCGAGGCCGAGCUGGACAAGGCUCUGGAGAAGAAGGUGGACUUUAUUAUAAUCGAGCCGCCGCGCCUAGGCGAUGAAACUGGACGCUGGAUUUGGGUCGGCAAUUGCCUGCACAAGACAGCCGUAGCCACUGGCGUUGUGUCCCUGGUGGCCAGCCUUCUGUGGCGCGAUCGGCCUGUCAUUGCGGCCCCCGCCUGCGCACUUUCGCUCUUCUGCAGCGGCCUCUACACGGUCUCCUGGAACUAUGAUCCUUGCUGUCAAUAUCAGGUGGAGAACAACGAGACCGUGCUGGAGCAGCUACCGCUGACGGACGUCUCUUCGCCUGUGAUCCUGGGCUACUCGCCCAACUGCAAAACCAAAUACUUGCAUCGUGGCGUCACCUUCCUCUCGGCAGCCCUAUGCGCCUGGCAAAUCUGGCGAUCAUACAAGUAAAAGUCAGGGCAGCCCAUUAUCCAAGCAAUCCAUGCAAUCCAAAACCCGAGAUUGGCAGCUGCAGCCGAAGCGGAAGCAUAAUACGUACUAAGUCUAGAUUUUAGGCACCAAGCGAAUGCAUUUCUUUUAGAAUUUCGAUUUUCGACCGAUUUUCGAACGAUUUUAGCUCAUCAUUGUCUUGUCGUGAAGUUUUAAAGUGGUUUCGAGUCCCAGCUUCCGUCGUCGUCACUUCUUGUCCUGCGUCCAUGUCAGUGUGUGUCUGUGACUGCAUGUUCUCCUAACUUAUUACGGUUGGAUGACGGCCUGCGUUAGUCUUAAGGGGGGAAGCAGGGUCUAGUCACUGUUCCGGAGCUGGCUAGCACUGUAAAUUAAGCAACGUCAAAUUCUGUGUAUAAUAGAAAUCCCAAUUAUGAUUGUUAUUUAGAGUCUAGUUGAAGAUACAAAUAUCAGAAAGCGAAGGGGAAGAAUAAACGCAAUGCGAAUGUUAA